AUGAGCAGGAAGCGGCAGCGCAGCACGUCGGGCCUCCCGCAAGACCUCGCGACGCUGCGACCCAGCGAGCGCCAACGGGAUCCUGCAGCGCAGAGCGACGGGCUGCUGGAGCCCGCACCGCUUGGCCCCGACGGCGAGAGCAAAUGGGCCCAGCCGGUCGAGGACGGUCUCAACGCUCGUGGCAGCAAUAGCAAUGCUCCGCGCGUCACGAGUCCAGGUACUUGGUCGCCCACCGUGACGUCGUCGACGACCGUAAAGCACCAAGAGACCAAGGCAGCGGUGGAGGCGGACGGCAAGGCCGCCGAUGGACAGGAAGAGGUUGAUGAUCUCAAUGCUGCGUUGCCUAGACGCCGCGCCAUCGUCUGGUUCAAGCGCGACCUGAGGAUGCACGACAACUUGGCGCUGGACGCGGCCGUCCGCGCGCAGCAGCUGCUGCAGCGAGCAGGAGGGGGCGACAUGGCGCUGCUGCCCGUGUACAUCCUGCACCGACCCAAGCACCAGCGCUGCGGCGCCGUGCGCUUCCAGUUCUUGCUCGAGGCAGUGGAGGAUUUGGCCAAGUCCAUCAAAAACCUACAGGGGCGACUGUUGGUUUUGCGCGGCGACGCGGACGAAGUACUGCGAGCAGUGAUGACCGCCUGGGGCAUCACGGACCUGUUCUUCGAGGCCGGAGUUAUGCUCUACUCGGUCGCGCGCGACAACCGCGUUCGCGCCGUAGCGGAGACGCUGGACGUGAAGGUGACAUCCAUCCGGGGAGUCACGCUCUAUGACCCGCACGAAAUCAUCCGCCUGAAUGGCGGCCAGCCCCCAACCGACUACGAGCGGCUUCUGGAGAUCACGGACAACAUGCCGCAGCCAGCGCAGCCCAUUCCAGCCCCAGUGAAGCUCUCAAACGCUGCGGCAUUCACGCCUGAUCAGUUGUUCUCGUGGCUGAAGCACUUCUACCGGCAGGAUCCGAGUGCAGCGAACGUGAUCGCUGGAGUUGAGGCGGAGAAGGAGGGCGCCACCCCCGAGCCGUUUGUCGUCCCGCCUCUCACUGCUCUAGGACUGACACCGCCAAGCCCGCACGCCGCGUUCUACGGAGGUGAGAGCGAGGCCAUGAAGAGGUUGGACGCCUUCUGCCAGGAAGAGCGUCGUGUGGGGCUGUUCGAGAAGCCCAAGACCUCCCCGGUUGCGUUCGACCCGCCGUCCACGACCACGCUCAGCGCGUACCUGACCUUCGGCUGCUUGAGCGCGCGCGAGUUCUUCUAUCGCAUCAUGUUCAUCCAGCUCAAGUUUCCGCUUCGACCGGGCCCGACUCAGGUGACGCUCGAAGGCCAGCUCAUGUGGCGCGAGUUCUUCUACUGCUACGCUUGCGGCACGCCGGGCUUCGACUCUCAAAAGCAAAACCCGGGUUGCAAGCAAAUCGACUGGCGGCUGCGCGCUGAAGUGUACGACUCACACCCUGAGCAGCACCACCAGGGCGCCAUCGUCACGAAGGAUGCGGACGAGAAGCUUGCGCUGCACCAGUUGCAAUGCUGGAAGGAAGGACGCACUGGGUUCCCGUGGAUCGACGCGGUCAUGCGGCAGAUCAACCAGGAAGGGUGGGCGCACCACGCUGGACGCCACGCUGUAGCUUGCUUCCUUACGCGUGGUGUGCUCUACAUCUCGUGGCUGCAAGGUGCAGCGUACUUCCAGGAGAAGCUCAUCGACAUGGACUGGCCGAUCAACAUUGGUAAUUGGCUCUGGGUGAGUGCGAGCUGCUUCUUCUCCAACUACCGCCGGGUGGCGUCGCCCACCACGUUCCCACAGCGCUGGGACCAGCAUGGCGAGUUCAUUCGCAAGUACAUCCCAGCGCUCCGCAACAUGCCCGACAAGUUCAUCUUCGAGCCGUGGAAGGCGCCGCUGAGAGUGCAGCGCGACGCUUGCUGUCUUAUGGGCAAAGACUACCCCUUUCCCAUCGUGGACAGCAAGACCGCAAUGUCGAGGUGCGCCGCAGGCAUGAGCCAAGCCUUCUCCGACUCGACCACGUCUUCAGCCACGACCACGCGGCAGACAGAUGACACGGAGGCGGGCAGUACCUCGCCCUGGAACGCCAACGACAUGUGCUACAGCUACCGAGGUCCCGCGCCGAUGUCACCACACCCGUGA